AUGAUUGAUGACCGCAACAACUGCCUGGUCAGUUCGAGGCAGCCGAGAUCGUCGGGAUAUCCGGCGUUGGGACCGCGCCGCGUGCUCUGGAAAAGUCGGCGAGUCCAAGGUGACCGCGAUUUAGAUGGAAAUAGCCAAGCGGGAAUAAAUUUGACCACGAGAGCUACAUCGUCGGCAAACGAGAAACGAGAGAUCAGCAGCGGAAUUCGCCGUCGCGUCUCCUGCGGUUUAAUCGAUUUCAGGAAAAUGCUGAAGGAAGUCGGCUGUGGGAGCACUACUCCUCCGCCGGGGGACGGCGGGGGAGCGAACAGUCGGCAGGUCGGCGCGAACGAAGGCGGCGGCGGCGGCAAUGGCGGCGGCGGGAGCGGCGGGGGCGGCAGCACCUCGGAAGGUGUCCUCGGUUGCGGAGGCUGCGGAAGGGAGAUCGCUGAACGUUGGUAUCUAAGGGCGGCCGAUCGCGCAUGGCACUGUGGCUGCCUGCGCUGCUGUCACUGUCGGAUCCCCCUGGCCGCCGAGCUCACCUGCUUUGCCAGGGACGGCAACAUCUACUGCAAGGAGGAUUACUAUAGAUUAUUCGCGGUGUCGCGAUGCUCGCGAUGCCGUGCCGGUAUCUCCGCCUCGGAGCUGGUGAUGCGGGCGCGCGAUCUGGUGUAUCAUGUGGCGUGUUUCACUUGCGCCUCGUGCGGCACCCCGCUGAACAAAGGCGACCAUUUCGGUCAGCGGGACGGACUCGUGUAUUGUAGACCACACUACGAGCUGCUGUGCUGCGCCGGGGAUUACGCGGGUGCUGCCGGCGGCAUCGAGGAUCUCGGCUCGCCGGGGGUGUCGCCGCUUCCGGCGUACUAUGAGCAGAGCCCGAUAGCUUCUUCCACUGUGCAGAAGGGUCGGCCGCGGAAGAGGAAGCUGUCGGAAGUCACCGGUUCCGAGCUUCCCGUCACAAUGAGACUGGCCGCUGGCGCGCUCGAACUGCUGCAUCCCACGGAGCUGUCCUCGUCGAUGGAGUCGCUAUCCGCGUACGACGCGUCCGUGGGCUCCCCGGGACCGGUGCAUCAGAGCCAACGAACAAAGCGUAUGCGCACCAGUUUCAAGCACCAUCAAUUGCGAACCAUGAAAAAUUAUUUCGCGAUAAAUCAAAACCCGGAUGCUAAGGAUCUCAAGCAGCUCGCGCAGAAGACCGGUCUGUCCAAGAGGGUACUACAGGUGUGGUUUCAAAACGCGCGAGCGAAAUGGCGACGGAACCUGAUGCGGCAGGACGGCGGCAACGCCAGCAGUAACGUCGGCUGUUCCGGGACGCCGGUAUCAUCCAGCACCGGAAAUUCUCCAAACGUCGGCCCGGCUGCCAGCAUCCUCGGCGACAGCAACAGCAUGCCCUCGACAUCCAUGGAGGAGCUGCACGCCCUUCAUCAUCUGCACUCGGGUGUCUCCUCUCAGGUCUCCUUCUCCGACCUAUACUGACGACGGCUUGAAAUGGACGAGGACGCUUACAGCAGCCUCUCCAGCCAUCUCGGAUGAGGGAUUAUCGCGCUUCCUCGAAAAUUGACCGACCGCGAAGAACUCGGCGAGUCGAUGACACUCGCAUCCAUCAUAGUUUUUUUUUUUUUUUUUAAAGAAGAUAUCUCACUGAUGAACGGUGGUCGACUGUUGAUAACGUCGUACAACAACUCUGGAUAAAGUCUAACGUGUUCCUUGCCGUACUGCUUUUGGAAACAGUUGUCUGAAAUUCCACAGAAGCCGAUGUUUUGUGCAAAACAAACUUUAGUCGCGCGAAAUCGAUUAGAGCAAGAUCAAACAUUUGGCUUUUCUCCGAGAUUUACACAGGGACAUAUUAUUGGACUUAACGAAGAAAGUGACCCGUCGGAGGAUUUUUCCGAACGACAGCCUAGUCUAGUAGAGACGAUUAUGUUUAAGUAAUCAGUGAUAAUAAUCAUAGUUCCAUGCACAUCCGAAUUACCAAAGAUUACUAGACGAAGAUAGUAGGAGUGUAAUCUAGGUAUGUAUACAAAAAGAGAGUGUAUCGUUAGCGAUUAUAUCGAUAAUUAUCGACGAGGCCUCGGGCACUGUUCGACAUGCGGGGUGUUCCAUAAAGACGUGUGCUACUGACAACAUGUUUGAGCGUUUCUAAAGAUCUCACAUUACCAAUCUAGCGUACUCCGAGGAAUUGAGAAUUUUUAGAGAACGAGGAUCGAAAGAUUUUGAAAGAUCCAAGAAGAUCCCUCAGAGAUCCGAAUAUUUUUAAAAUACUUGCAAAUAUAUUUCUAGCAAUCUGUCAGUGUUUUUAGAAAAUCUUUUUUUGCAUAUUAUUUAAAUUGUUUGAUACAACAUGAAAUAUAUCAAGAUUUUCUGAUCAAAAUAUGUUGUAUGUAUAAUUGUUUGGGACGCCCUAUGCGAUGUCGCAAGGUCUAUUAAAUUAAAGGAAACGGCUCGCCCAUGCGGACGAACAUGUACAUGUGCAAUCACGUAGCGAAAUUAUUUAAUUUGUCCUCGUUGAUUCUACACGGAACUUUGCACGCCACUAAUUUCUUUAUCGGCUUUGUGUUGUGUCGAUCGGCCAGAAUUUAUUAAAUAUACAUUAAAUACGCAAUCAUGACUAUACAUAAUGUGUCAAUAAUGAUUCCUAUAUUAAGUAUGAAAUAAAAUAAAGUUGGAAAUAUAGUUUUUUGGAAUUUUAUCAUUGCUAAAUGAUGGAAAUUGCAGGCAAGGAUUGGGUCUGAUAAUCAAAAUAAAAUCAUCAGUGAAGCUCGAUAAAAAUUUAAACGACAAGUCUGCGACUUUUAUAUUUAACGACGAAAUGUAUGAAAGUUUUUCAAACAAAAAACAGCGUUCCUCUGCUCGUGCCAAAACGUAGCUAAGAAAGAAAUUUUUUAACGAGCUGCUGGAAUUCAAAGGGCAUGAUAUUGUUGCAAUAUUUUUGCAAACCGCGAUUUCCGGAUUUUCGCGAGUUAUUUGAAAGGGAUGCCGCUUUGAUCAAGCUUUUUGUGCAUUAUAUAUUCUUACAUUCACGUUUUCUUUCCAAAUUAUCAUCUUUGAAUUCGAGCAGUACGAGGCGCAUGCACGCACACACAUGCAUACACACACAUACACACACACACACACACAAAUACAUACAUACACAUGUGUUUACGCGAGUAUGUAUACGGAUGCAAAUAAGGAUUAGGUCGUCGCAAGUUCGUGAAACUUAUUGUUAGUAAAUCGAACGUCUCUCAAGCAUAUAUAUAAAACGCCAUAAAAAAACUAUAUUGUAGAUUUAAUAUUUUUCCAAUAUCAAAAUAUUUGAAAUUUGGAAGUAUUGGAGAAUCGAUGUCAACACCACAAUCUAUUUUCACAAAGAUUCUUCAAGUUAAAUGACGCUAAGUCUUUCAGUUUUUUCAUUUAUUUUUUAUUCGGUUAUUGAUAACGAUAAGCUUUCAUGUCUAGUCAAUUCUUCAAAUCUGAAAUCAUACUUGAGGGGCAAAGUAAUACGUAAGGUUUUACAAAAAUUCGAAAUAUAUUGUGUGAGCAUCAUUGUGCAUUGACAAUGCAACUUUAUCAAUCAUGUAGAAAUUAAGUUAAUAAGACAAGAAAAAUUACAGAAUAUCUUAAACAUUACAAAAGGCACGCGUUCAUCUUGUCCCAAAAAUCUGUAAAUCAUUUGUUUAUUAUAUUUAUUUUUGUUAUUUCAAAUAAGUGUAAAUCAUAAAAUACUUUACGAGCAUCUUUUAUCUUGUCACAUGAUGCCCGACAGAGAGAAUUGAUAGGUCGCACGUUAGGUAUAUGUAGCAUAGCGAUGAUUAAGUGUACAUGUUAAAGAGCGAAGCAAUUAUUUCCAACUCUAUAGGCAAAUUAAUGUGCUACAUUCGAGUGCAACUAUUAUCGCAUAAUAAAUAGUUACGUACGUCUCUCGACUCGGACGCAACUUGCUCUCAUCUCUAAUUCACCACUUUCUCCCCGACGUUAGAUCACGAAAAAGAUAAUUUUUAAUUUUUAAAAUAAAAGGUAAGUUCUAAGUUUUCUAAUUAAUAUAUAAAAUAUAAUCAGAACUUUUACGAUAACUUUAAUACGUUAAUCUUGAUACUAAAAUUUCCGAAUAUUUGUAAUCCUUAAAAUUUAAUUGGCGGAUUCAUGAAACCCGAUAUUUGUGAAUCAAAUAUAUCAAUCUUCAACCGUAUGGAUGCUUUCAAGUACCCUGUAAAAAAAUUGACGAAAAUUUCUGACAAAGUAUCUGCAGCUUUUUUG